AUGAUGGCAACAUACAAAUCUCCCAGGAAGUUUGUUCACCUACUAUCUCCGGCAGUCGAGUUCAUUGAACAUUUAACCAAAAAGAAAAAACAUGUUUCGCUAUUUUUUGCUGCUGUGGACUUGAGGUUCGAAGUCGAGCCGAAGGACUCGAAAACAAUGACCGUGAACAUACUUGGGAACCUAAUCUCGGGAAGCUACGAAACUGUAACAGCAACAUUCACCGUUGGGGAAGACACGACAGCUAGCUGCCUGACGUACACCUUUGAGUUCGAGAAGAUUAGAGAUAACGUCAAUGAUGCAAAGAUCGUUGAAUCUCUAGUCACGUACAUUUAUCUAAGCGAUGUCACCUAUAUUAGGAAAGUUAAGUACAACUCCAUUGACGCUGGGUAUCCGGCGGAAGAGUGCUUCAAAGUUUUCGUCAACGCAUUUAAAGAUGACCAUGAGGUGGAGAUGGGUGAUGUGGAUUGGCAGAAAAGGACAUUUGCGAUCAACUUUCCUUUCUUGAUGGAAAAUUUCAAGAGGACCGAAGUAACCAUCACUGUUAUUCCUAAGAACAAAGAUAGCCGCGUGAAAUGGACCAUCAAGGUCGAGAAGAUUGAUGAAAAAACCGAAGAACCAUACUCGUUCUUCUCCGUAGCCUGUUCUAUCCGUGAGAUUAUCGAGAGCAAGUUUCCUAAAUAA